CUAAACGCGGGUUCAGCCCCCGUUCCCCCUCGCCGUCCGCUAGGGUUUUACGCCGCAGCCGCAGCCGCAGCACACGCCGCCGGAGGAGCGCGACUGCGGCGAGAAGGGGAGAAGCAGCAGCUCGAGGGCCGGCCGAGCGAGAGAUGAGGCUCCUAACGCACAACAUGCUGGCGUCCAACGUCCGGGGCGCGACGACCGGCUACCCGCUGAAGCUGGAGGCGGCCAAGUGGGUGACCAAGGAGGUGGAGCUCAACGCCGACUUCCUCCGCGGCCUCCUCCCCAAGAUCGACUGGCGCGCCCUCGUCGCCGCCACCCGGGCGCUCGGCCUUCCUGAGCUCCUCCCCGAGGAGCAGCCGCCCGAGGAGGAGAUCUUCGCCGAGGGCGCUGCCGACGUCGAGGGCAGCGCCAUCCGCCGCAUCCACCACGCGCUCCUCGAGAUCCACGUCCAGGAGGGCUCCCUCGUCUGCCCCGAUACCAGCCGCUGCUUCCCCAUCGAUAAGGGCAUCCCCAACAUGAUGCUGCACGAGGACGAGGUCUGAUGCGUUAGUCUCGCCAUGGUCUCCUUUACUUACACAUGCUCGUUGUCGGCUGUCAUAAAAGGGUUCAAGGCUUGUUGACUUCUCGGAUUGUGGUUGUUAAAUAUAAAUGAUGGCGUCAUAAUUUGAAUGGAUGAGCCGUGUUUUUAUGUUUGGAA